AUGGUAACGACACCUGAAACAAGAGAGGCGCACUGGCAUGAAUAUUCAUGCAGCGAUUGUAUCAUACAUCCCGCUGGAUGCGUGUCCACUUUGCCCCACUUGCCCCAAAUAAGAAAACAGGCGCUGCGCAGGUGGCAAAUUUUUAAUGAAGGAAAAACAAAGUGUCAAAUUGCGUGGGGAGUCGCCUUUGAGCUAGGCGGAGCUGUGGGAAUUUGGACCUUGGAUAUGGAUCAAUGUGAGUGUUAUUUGAAUAAAUUCUGCGGAGUAGACAGAAAGGAUGUAGGUCAAGUGACAGGCUACAGUUGCUUUACUCCCGACGAGGCAGCCCGCAAACAAGUUUGUUUUAUACAGAACUAA